AUGGAUUGGCAAGGACAGAAAUUGGCGGAGCAGUUAAUGCAGAUCUUGCUUUUGAUCGCAGCCAUUGUAGCGUUCGUUGUUGGGUACGUAACGGCGUCGUUUAGGACGAUGAUGCUAAUUUACGCCGGAGGUGUUGUUCUCACGACUCUGGUCACUGUACCGAAUUGGCCUUUCUUUAAUCGUAAUCCUCUUCAGUGGUUGGAUCCAAGUGAAGCUGAGAAGCAUCCUAAACCACAAGUUGUUGUUGUUGUUAGCUCGAAGAAGAAAUCCUCUAAUAAAAAGUAG